ACCCUUUCUGAUGUAGUGUUGUAGAUUUGUUUACGAAAUCGUUUUUUCAUUUAAUUUUACCUAAGGAUUUUGAGGUGCGCGGCUGCUCAAUUGGCUUAUAACAUUCGAGUGCGGCCGGUGCAGUAGGUGGGGCCUAAAAGUGAUAGGCAGUGCGAGAUCGCUGGUGCUGUCUGUCUUCCGUUUUCAUGAAUGAUGUUAUUGCAGCAUUCGGAGAGCAAUAUGGGAACCGGAUUUGCAAUAUUCAAGUGGGCGAAUUUGUAAUUGAGAAAGAUCCACAAUUCUGAGGCUUUUGACGCGCGCGGAGAAGAAUGCCUUCCCAGAGAGUAUCUGCGCUUCCCAGACAGCAGUCCCUGUUUCUCCCGGCUGUCAUUAAUCCUUUUGUACAGGAGGUGAAAUUGACCAAGCCUGAUAUUAUCAAAUGUGUACUCUUGGGAAUCUUCCUGGUGCCUAUCCGUGCCAUUUUUCUGACUCUGGUUGUUUUGGUUACAUGGUGUGUAGCUGUUAUAACAACAUUCAUGCACCCUCUCAAAGGAGCAGUGGAGCCCAUGACUGGAUGGAGACGGUUCCUGUGUAGGACUGUGAUGGCAUUUCUGGGUAGGACCUACUACUUCUUCAUGGGCUUCAGGGUGGUGGUGAAGGGCCAGCAGGCAAGUAGUGCAGAGGCCCCCAUUCUGGUUGUGGCCCCACACUCCACCUUCUUUGAUGGAAUAGUCUGCAUUGUAGCAGGCCUCCCCUCCACUGUGUCUCGCACUGAGAACCUCGACACUCCUAUAUUUGGCAGGUUUUUACGGUGCCUCCAGCCGGUGUUGGUCUCCAGACAGGACCCAGACUCCCGUAAGAACACAAUAAUGGAAAUCGAAAGCAGAGCCAAGUCAGGAGGCCGCUGGCCACAGCUUCUAGUGUUCCCUGAAGGAACUUGUACUAAUCGGUCCUGCCUCAUCACUUUCAAACAAGGUGCCUUUGUCCCUGGGGUCCCAGUGCAGCCUGUGGUCAUGAGAUAUCCCAACAGACUGGACACUGUGACCUGGACAUGGCAGGGCUUUGGCUCGAGAACUCUGUUGCUGCUCACUCUGUGUCAGCUCUACACCACUGUGGAGAUUGAGUUCCUUCCUCCAAUUGUCCCCACUGAGGAGGAGAGGAAAAGACCCAUGCUCUUUGCCAGGGCAGUGCGAGAUGUUAUGGCUCAGUCCCUGGGUGUGCCUGUGACAGACCACACAUAUGAGGACUGUCGGUUGAUGAUCUCAGCUGGAGAGCUCACUCUACCCAUGGAGGCUGGCCUCGUGGAGUUCACUAAGAUCAGCCACAAACUGAACCUGAAGUGGGACAACGUGAAGAAGGAGCUGGACGGCUUUGCAGCCAUGGCCUGCUCCUGUAAAGGAGGCCACAUCAACAUCCAGGAAUUUGCCAGCUUCCUCAAGCUGCCAGUCAACCCCGCCCUGCAGGAGCUUUUUACUCUCUUUGACAGGAAUGGGGAUGGCACCAUUGACUUCAGAGAGUAUGUAAUCGGUGUGACCAUAUUGUGUCGACCAGCCAACACAGAGGAGGUCCUCCGUACCGCUUUCCAGUUGUUUGACAUAGAUAAUGACCAGCGAAUCACCCUUGAAGAGUUCUCUUCCUUGCUUCGCUCUGCUCUGGGCGUGUGUGACCUCAAUGUUUCCAAAUUGUUCAAGGAGAUUGACACAGACAGCUCUGAUUACAUAACCUUCUUGGAAUUCCAGGCCUUUGCCCUGAACCACCCAGAGUAUGCAAAGUUGUUCACUACAUACCUGGAGCUUCAGCGGUACCAGGCCUUCCAGGGGGUGGAGUCAGAACUCUCCUCCACUAAUCACAUUAAUUCAAAAGACAACCAGGAAGAAAGCACCUCUGACAAGAAGGACGACUGAGUUUGCCCAAAUUAAUGAUUUAAGCGUUUCUGCAAUGUAGUCAGUCUUGAACACACACAGUACAACACUCUUUGAGCUUUCAGUUGAAUACAUUGUCAGACCACUGAGGGCCAAACAACACAGCGUAUUUCUACUACGCUGAUGUUUAGAGACCUGAAACAGGAUUUUGCCUUAUUGAUUGGGUUGAAUCAUGAUCCACUUCACUGUAAUUAUUGUAGAAAGUUGCUCUUAGUUAUGUUCUAUAUUUAAAUUUUUUAACAGAUUAAUCAGAUUACAAAUUUCUUUUUAUUCCUGUUUGCAUUUAUUAAAAAAAAAUCCCGUGACAUUGUCACAAUUUUACCUCUUUGGAUGAUAACCUAGUCAGCCCAUAUGUAAAUGUACCAGAGAUCCACUACUAAGUGGUAUGUUGUACUUUUCAAUGUGUCUGCCUGUUCACCUAUGUUUCUGCAGUGUCCUUCAAGAUGACUAAAAAGAUUGCCAAACCUUUUUUUCUAUAAGUAGAAAGUUGAAAGACUACGGUAUCCCUGGAUUGCAAGAAACAUGUAUACUCACUUUUUUUAAUGACAUCCGCCUAAUCGGGCAGCUGUAAUACUUGCUAUGUCUGGAAAGUAUAACAGCACAUGCUGUGCUCUACAAUUUCUCCACCGCUUGGGGACACAGACACUGUAAGUAGUGUUGCUGUGUAAUUAGCUAAAGGUUUUGCUUUGCAUCUGUUUCUAUUUGCAUUUCCAUUGAAGAGUGAUGUUGCUGAGGCAGCAGUGGAUGCUUACGGCUUUAGCCGAACUAAAGCCCAAGCAUCUAUUGAAAAAUAGGGCAAUUUGUGAGCAAAAAGGCAAUGGUGCCUAGUGUUACUCACAACAGUGUAUUCCAGGGGGUAUGUAUGGUUUCAAAUUAAAUACCGAGCACCGUUAUUUAUUUAGCUCAGUGCGUUGUUGCAAUUAUGUGAAUUUUUGUUAACACAGCAAAGUUUGUUUCCCCCUCCCCCAAUAAAAUUCAGUCAACUUGUAA